AGAUAGGGCUACUCUGGUGCAACACAAGGAUACAGUCUCUACUGAUUUCCUGAGUCAUAUCUUGUAAUACAGUUAGAUAGAUAUCAUUUAAGUGCUUCGUCGGAGCAUCUGGCUUGUAAGUAAGGUUUAUACAAACCUUACAUUGGGCGUUUUGUCAUCUUCACGGAGCUUGAAGCGUCAACGUGGUAAUGGCUGAUCAGCUGACUGAGGAGCAGAUUGCUGAGUUCAAAGAGGCGUUCUCGCUGUUUGACAAAGAUGGUGAUGGUACAAUCACUACCAAAGAGCUUGGGACUGUGAUGCGCUCUUUGGGUCAGAACCCCACUGAGGCCGAGCUGCAGGACAUGAUCAAUGAGGUGGACGCUGAUGGUAAUGGCACAAUUGACUUUCCUGAGUUCCUGACCAUGAUGGCCAGGAAGAUGAAAGAUACAGACAGCGAGGAGGAGAUCAGAGAAGCCUUCAGAGUCUUUGACAAGGACGGUAACGGCUACAUCAGUGCAGCAGAGCUACGGCACGUCAUGACCAACUUAGGGGAGAAGCUUACUGAUGAGGAGGUCGACGAAAUGAUCCGUGAAGCUGACAUCGAUGGUGAUGGUCAGGUCAACUACGAGGAGUUUGUCCAGAUGAUGACUGCCAAGUGAAAAGAACACUGAUAUUUCUCUCAGCGUUGCUUGAUCACUCUCUUUAAGAACCAAAAAAAGGAACAAUUACAAAUGAUAAACAAACUUUCCCCCCAAAUCACUUAAAUGUAGAAUUUAUCAAUUUGUGUUCAGUAUAUCCAAAUACUUCUAAGGUAUCUGUUUAGUGAACACCAACAGAAUAAACCCUAGAGAAGUUAAUGGACCAAGCUUUAAGAGGGCCAAAGCCCCGAAUUCAGACCAAGAUUCUGCUGAGUCACCCAGCUCCUGAUUAAUUAAGAGGAAAGAGCAACACUGAAAAGGCAGAGGGAUAAGAACCCGUGCCACAGUUCGUAUAGUGAAGUUGGCUAUUUAAUUCUUCCCCGUAUUCAACAAAGAACUCUAAAUCCCGAAUUGAGUACUCUUCUUGCAUGCACCCUUUCUGUGGCGGUCUCUUGUCACAACAA